AUGAAUGAACAUUGGAGUACAAAUUGUACUGGAAACGCUUAUUGUGAUAUCAGCUUCGAAGAUUAUAUGGAGCUUAAAAAUAAACCUGAAACUGAACUUACUAACUCUUUCUAUGAAAAAAAAGCAAUUCGUCGUUAUGAAUUAUGGAUGCAGAAUGCUGUUAAAAGAGUUAAACAUGCAAAAGAGGAUAGUACUGAUGCGGUUCCAAAAAGAAUGUCAGACUGCAACUAUUAUCGAAACUUGUGGUGGGAAAAGGGUGAAUUUAACGAAAAAGCAAAAUGGGAAGAAGUAACAUUACCUUAUGUGCUUGCUAAAGGGAUCGCUAUUGAUGAUUAUGAAGAACGUGUAGAAAAGUUCAAUAUUCACAGAUGUUGGGAGUGGUUAGACGGAGUAGUCUUAAUCUAUGAGUUGCCUUCUAUGCCACACGAAGUUUGCAUCAGUGCAAUUGUUAAGCAAAUAAAUAGACAAUGCGGUAAUGCUGAUGGAACUGAUGCCGAGAUUCAUGGUGCUGGUUCUACUAAAGCCGAUGCAUCGUUUCGUCCAAAAAAACCGUCUGUAACUGCACCAAAUGGGAGCAAUGGAGAUAAUCGUCCUUGGCCAAAUUUGGUCGUGGAACAACAGGAUCCUCUUGCACCUCCUAUCCAACCUCAAACUCUCUUAUCUGAUCCUAUUCCAUUGGACUUUUUUUUUGUUCAACGUGCUAUUAGAGAAAU